AUGGAAAACUUUAGGUGUGCUAUUGAAGACAGUGACGUCAAUGAGAUUCCUUUUGAUGGUGAUUACUUUACAUGGAGUGACAGAAGAGAGGGAUCACAAUUUGUAAAAGAAAAAUUGGAUAAGGCCUUAGGGAAUUUGUCAUGGUUCAACUCAUUUGCUGACUGUAGUAUCACCACCUUAAGUGCUCAAAGUUCAGACCACUGCCCCAUCCUUCUAAAUAUUGCCCCUCAUCUGGCACCUGAUAUGAAGACACAAAGUUCUUUUCAAUAUGAAGCAAAAUGGGACUCUCGAGAUGAUUGUGCUAGCUUGAUCAAGCAGGCCUGGGAUACCAAUCCAAGCCAGGACUCUAAGUUACAGGAAACAACAAUAGGCCUUAUCAAGUGUAAGGAACAAUUACAACAAUGGAGCAGGAACACCUUCAAAAACCAGAAAAAGCUCAUCACCUCAAAACUCAACAAACUCAAAUAG